AUGAACCGACUAGCAAAUAUCCUCUUUCAAGGACCGCUGCGCCUUGUGGGCAUGUUACGAGCCUCUCCGACGCAGAUCAGUGCACCCAACGAACGAACCCACACCACGAUAGAGACUGGGGAGGUUGAGGAGGAGGCUGAUGAGCAGGAGAAGAAGAAGAAGAAGAAGAAGAAGAAGAUGGGGAGUUGGAGAGAGCGAAAGUACGAGUUUUCGAAGCCGGUCUCGGCUGUGUGGGACGGCGCGCGCGUCAUUCCUCCGGCCGGAUGGGACCGCAUGAAGAAGGGGCUCUGGCCGCAGCAGAUGGAGGACCGAUGGGUGAUAGCCCACGUGGCGGCCGCGGAGGCGGACGGUGGAGAGGGGGAGGGGAUCGUGCUGGCUAGGAGCUGGACAAGGUAUCCCUUGACACAGAUCACAGUGAUACCCUCUGGCGCGGACGGUUGCAGCAGGAGGAUCACAAAGAUUACGUGGGAGGGAGACGAGGAGCGGUGGAGGGUGUAUGACCGUAAGAGCGAGGCCAAGAAACUUGUUGUCCGGUUCGCGAGGGGGGUUUUCCAAGUCGACCUGGCAAACGACAACGAGUCCGACGAAGACUGA